AUGUCUGCUCCGAAAAAGAAAUUUGUGCUAAAACACGUUUUCCAAGAUGUUCGGAAUCUCAAAGAAAAUGAGUAUCAACGCGGUCCUACAGAAGAACAUUUCAAUGUUUCAUGGACAAUAGGCGUCACUAGAAGAAAGGGAUACCUUGCUUAUUAUCUCUAUUGUCUUUAUCCUAAAACCACCGAAUGGUCGAUUACCAUUGAGCGGGAAGCGAGACUAAUCUCGGUAGGAGGAAAAGUAGAGAAAAGAAACAUGGUACCGUAUAAGAGUAGUAGCAACAACUCUCCUGGUGUGGGAUGGCAUGAGUUUAUCAAAUGGGAAGAUAUGGAAAAGGAUUAUAUGACCGAUGGAAAUAUCACUAUUGAAGAAUAUAUUAAAAUCAGCAAAAUGACUGGAAUCGCGAAGAAGAAGUUGAGAAAUUUCGACUCCAAUAUGGAUAUAUUCUCAGAUGUCAUUUUGACUGUGGAAAAUGAGAAAUUCUAUGUCUCCAAAUUGUUCCUCGCUACACAAUCCUCGUUCUUUGAAUCGAUUCUAUCGAAAAAGCAAAGGGGGUCUAAAAAACCAGAAAUCAAACUCGAUGGUUGCAAGUCGGAAGAUUUUCAGAACUUUUUGGAAUUGAUAUACGGAGAAUCGCCGAUUGACGAUGAAACAAUCGAUGGAAUUCUUCAAUUGGCUGACAUGUAUAAUGCUGGAAUUGCACUCAAAAAGUGCGAAGAAUUUCUCAUUAGGUACUCGGAGAAAACACUGAAAGAAAAGUUAAAAAUCGCAAAACAGUACGAUAUGGAUAACUUGAUGGAUGGAGUUCUCUCCAGAAUCAAGAAUGUCGCAGACAUUCGCUCUGUUCUCUCAUACGACGUCAGCGAAAUGGAUCCAUCGGUUGUCGCGGCUCUUCUCCAGAAAGCGUUGUCAUAUUUACCAUGA